GUGGGCGGGGGCGGGCCCAGGGUGAAGGAGCUGAGGCCCUCAGCGAGCCUGGCCUGGAGGCGGUGGCAGUCGCUGUGGUGGCGUGAAAACUGCGGGCAUGGUGGGGCGGGAGAAGGAGCUCUCCAUCCACUUUGUUCCUGGGGACUGCCGGCUCGUGGAGGAGGAAGUUAACAUCCCCAAUAGACGAGUUCUGGUUACUGGAGCUACUGGGCUUCUUGGCAGAGCCGUGUACAAAGAAUUUCAGCAGAAUAAUUGGCAUGCCAUUGGCUGUGGUUUUAGAAGAGCAAGACCAAAAUUUGAACAGGUUAAUCUAUUAGAUUCGGCUGCAGUCCAUCACAUCGUUCAAGAUUUUCAGCCCCAUGUCAUAGUACAUUGUGCAGCAGAGAGAAGGCCAGAUGUUGUAGAAACUUAUCCAGAUGCUGCUUCUCAACUUAAUGUGGAUGCUUCUGGGAAUUUAGCAAAAGAAGCAGCUGCAAUUGGAGCAUUUCUGAUCUACAUUAGUUCAGAUUAUGUAUUUGAUGGAACAGAUCCACCUUAUGGAGAGGAAGACAUAGCCAGUCCCCUAAAUCUGUAUGGCAAAACAAAAUUAGAAGGAGAAAAGGCUGUUCUGGAGAACAAUUUAGGUGCUGCUGUUUUGAGAAUUCCUAUUCUGUAUGGAGAAGUUGAAAAGCUUGAAGAAAGUUCUGUGACUGUUAUGUUUGAUAAAGUACAGUUCAGUAACAAGUCAGCAAACAUGGACCACUGGCAGCAGAGGUUCCCCACACAUGUCAAAGAUGUAGCCACUGUAUGUCGUCAGUUAGCAGAAAAGAGAAUGCUGGAUCCCUCAAUUAAGGGAACCUUUCACUGGUCUGGCAAUGAACAGAUGACAAAAUAUGAAAUGGCAUGUGCCAUCGCAGAUGCCUUCAACCUCCCCAGCAGCCACCUAAGACCUAUAACGGACAGCCCUGUCUUAGGAGCACAACGUCCAAGAAAUGCUCAGCUUGACUGCUCCAAAUUGGAGACCUUGGGCAUUGGCCAGAGAACGCCAUUUCGAAUUGGAAUCAAAGAAUCACUCUGGCCUUUCCUCAUUGACAAGAAAUGGAGACAAACAGUUUUUCAUUAGUGUAUGUGUGUGUGCUUUUUGUUUUUUAAUGAGAAAUAUAGUAUGUGGCACUUUUUUAAAGAAAAAUGGAAAUAGUUUUGUAUGAGUGCUCUUUAAUUGUGACUCAUGAUCUUUCAGGUAAAAUGAUGCUCUUGCACUAGUGAAAUUGUCUAAAGAAACUAAAGGCAAUAAUGCCUUGUUUGAAGUAAUAAUUUUUCCAUUUAUCAUUUUGUUUGUUCUGGCUUUACUUGCUGUUUGAAUAUAGUAAAUUAUGAUUUUGAAAUAUUUCAGAGCCAGGAUGAAACAAAUCUGCUGUAUACUUUUCCUUGGAUGAGAAGCGUUGUUCAUUCCUAUAACCUCUACAUUUUCAGGACUUUUGUGACUGUUGACCGUUUUAUGUUUUAAGUGUGUUAAACAAUGUGAAAAUCAUUGAUGCUCAUAUUUGCUUUGCUUGAACUCUGAUCAAAAUGAAGAAAGAAAGUUUAUUUUUGCAACUUAAGGGCAGUUCUUAAGCUUGAGAUAUUUCAACAUGUUACAUGUAUUGGAACUCGUUCAUCUUGAUGCCUCCUGCUUUUGUAGCAGUGUAUGAUGAACACUUGAGAGAGAUGUGCGUAUGUGUAUGUAUUUUUUUGAUAUAUAUAAAACUGUCCUUUUCACUCCAUGUCACUAAGUCAGAUUUCACGUGUGUGGUUAUACUAAUAAUAAUGGGCCUUGUAAGUCUUUUGGCCACUCAUGAAUAAUAAAAAAUAUGUACUGCUGGCA